AUGUCUACCAUCGGACCGCCUGGCGCGCAGCUCAAUGCUGAGCAGGCCGACAACUUUGAGGAUAUUGAGAAGCAGUUCGCCGUCAAGGUGGUCCAGCACAUGACGACGUACUGGUCGAUCCUCGAGCGGAUGCGCGGCAGCAAGCUGCGGCUGACCAAGAUCGACGACGAGAUUUACGAGCACUUCAAGAAGGAGUUCCCGGACUUCGACCCGGCGGCGACGAUCAAUGAGGACGAGAUGAAGAGCAAGGCGGGCAAGGAGAAGUGGCGCAACUUCAUCAUGGCCUACGAGAAGCGCAUCGACGACUACAACUUCGGCACCAUGCUGCGCGCCAGCCCGGCCACCGAGUAUUCCGAGAAGGAGACCAUCUUCGCGGUGAGGAUGCAGUUCUAUGCCGUCGAGAUUACGAGGAACCGCGCCGGCCUGAACGACUGGAUCUACGAGAAGGCGAACCCCGAGAAGGUGAAGGAGGAGGCUGAGGCGGCGGCGAAGAAGGAGUAA